GUGGAUUUGGACAUCUUCCCUGAUGGAAAACAUACUUCCUUUGAACAGCCCAAAGUAUCAAGAGCAUUAUCUGUUGCCUGUAGAAUUUCCCAAGAAGCUUCCAGUCAAUUUUGGGAAACACAUAAAUACAUUCACUUGUUUUUAAUUUAGAUGGAAAAUGGGUAAGGAACAAUCUGAAAUUCAGUUCAGGAAGAAGAUGCAAGUGUGAUAACAGUCUGCAGGUUAUUUUCCAGAAGUAAAUUGAAAAAAUCCAAUGUGAAAUCAACAUUGAAAUUUGUUAACUGUUGCCAUCAAGAUUUCUAAACUAUAAAAAAAUUCCUUCUCAAGUUUACUUAUAGAUUAAUACCAAGAUAAUUUCAGAAUGUCCAGCAAAGAAGUGAAGACUGCUCUAAAAAGUGCAAGAGAUGCAAUCAGAAACAAAGAAUACAAAGAAGCUUUGAAACAUUGUAAGACAGUGUUAAAACAAGAGAAAAAUAACUAUAAUGCCUGGGUUUUUAUUGGUGUUGCUGCAGCUGAACUACAACAGCCUGACCAGGCCCAAGGUGCCUAUAAGAAAGCUGCUGAACUAGAGCCAGACCAAUUACUAGCUUGGCAGGGUUUGGCAAGUUUAUAUGAAAAGUGUAAUAACAUAAGCGCUAAGGAUGACUUACCUGGUGUUUACCAAAAGCUCCUGGAUCUCUAUGAAAGUGUUGACAAGCAGAAGUGGUGUGAUGUCUGUAAGAAGCUCGUGGAUCUGUAUUACCAGGAAAAGAAACACCUAGAGGUGGCGAGAACAUGGUAUAAAUUGAUAAAGACUCGGCAAGAAGAAGGUGCAGACAACCAGGAGCUUCAUGAGCUCUGGAGAAAACUGACUCAGUUGCUGGCUGAGAGCGUGGAAGAGCAGAGUAAUGAAACCCAGCAAAUGCUUUUAACUGCUUUUGAGAAUGCACUGAAUUUAUCAGAGAAGAUUCCUAGUGAAGAUCACGAAGUGCUUUAUAGGCAUUUUAUUCAGUGCUUGUCCAAAUUUCCUCAUGAGACUGCCAGGUUGAAGAAGGCCUGUGAAGGAAUGAUAAGUAUCUAUCCCUCCAUACAGUAUCCACUGGAGGUGCUUUGCUUAUGUUUAAUUGAGUCAGGGAGUAUUACAGAUGAGGGACAGCAGUAUUAUUGUAAACUAGUGGAACUGAACUCAAAAAGUGGUCCAGGCCUCAUUGGCUUAGGCAUUAAAGCAUUACAAGACAAAAAGUAUGAAGAUGCUAUUAGUAACAUAACAGAAGGGCUGAAAGAAAGUCCUCUUUGCUCAACUGGAUGGUAUCAUCUAGCAGAAGCCCAAAUCAAAAUACAUAGACCUAAAGAAGCUGUGCUUUCCUGCAAUCAAGCUCUAAAGAAUAUAGACAGUCCCGGUGCAUUGGGUGGCAGUCUUCAUCAGAGGAAUCUUUGUCUUCGUUUGAAAGCAGAGGCUUUGAUCAAACUCUCAGAUUGCGACUCUUCAGAGGAAGCUAUCCGUACUCUUGAUCAGGUUUCUGAUGCAAAUAAUGUCCCAGAACUUUUGGUUCUUAAAAGCUUGGCCUAUUUGAACAAAGGUUCAGUAAAUGAAGCUACAAAGGUUAUGGAAGACCUUCUCUCUCCUUACCCAGACCUACCUGAAGUUCAUGCUCUUGAGGCUAUGAUUCAUUUUACCAAAAAGGAUUAUCUGCAAGCAGAAAAAUGGCUGCAAGACUGGAUACAUAUAUGGGUAAAGUUUUCUGCUAUUUAGGCCAUUAUUAUAGAGAUAUUGUUGGAGAUAAAAGCAGAGCCCGUGGAUGUUACAGGAAAGCUUUUGAGUUAGAUGACACUGAUGCUGAAUCUGGAGCUGCAGCAGUUGACAUAAGUGUGGAGCUUGAAGAUGCGGAAACCGCCUUAGCUAUCUUAACAGCAGUAACUCAGAAGGCAAGUGCUGGAACAGCAAAGUGGGCCUGGCUUAGGCGAGGAUUACACUAUUUGAAAGCUGGUCAACAUUCUCAAGCAGUGGCUGAUUUGCAGGCAGCAUUAAGGGCGGACCCAAAAGACUGCAAUUGUUGGGAGUCAUUAGGAGAGGCAUACUUGAGCAGAGGAGGUUACACAACAGCCUUGAAGUCCUUUACAAAAGCCAGUGAGCUGAACCCGGAAUCCACAUACAGUGUGUUCAAGGUUGCAGCAAUACAGCAAAUCCUAGGCAAAUAUAAGGAGGCAGUGGCUCAGUACCAGCUGAUCAUUAAAAGGAACGAAGGUUAUGUGCCCGCUUUGAAAGGUUUGGGUGAAUGCUAUUUUAUGAUGGCAAAAGCAGCCUUAGUGGAUUUUCUGGAUGGGAAAGCUGUAGACUACAUAGAAAAAGCACUGGAAUAUUUUACUUGGGCUCUGCAGCAUCGUGCUGAUGUGUCCUGCCUCUGGAAGCUCGUUGGAGAUACUUGCACCAGUCUGCAUGCUGUUUCACCAUCUAAAGUGAAUGUUCAUGUUCUAGGGGUCCUUCUAGGUCAAAAAGAAGGAAAGCAAUUAUUAAAGAAAGAUGAGCUCCUCCAUCUUGGUGGAAGGUGUUACGGCCGUGCGUUAAAACUGAUGUCUACAUCUAAUACAUGGUGUGAUCUUGGAAUCAAUUAUUAUCGCCAAGUCCAGUGUCUAGCAGAAACAGGCAGCAAUACGAAUGACCUUAAAGAGUUGCUAGAGAAAUCUUUGCAUUGUCUGAAGAAGGCAGUAAGGCUGGACAGUAGCAAUCACUUAUACUGGAAUGCUCUAGGUGUAGUUGCCUGCCACAGUGGUCUUGGAAAUUAUGCCCUUGCUCAGCACUGUUUUAUCAGAUCGGUCCAGGCAGAACAAAUUAAUGCUGCCGCAUGGACCAACUUAGGAGUGUUAUACCUUGCUACUGAAAACAUUGAGCAAGCUCAUGAAGCUUUCAAAAUGGCUCAGUCCCUUGAUCCAUCUUAUUUAUUGUGCUGGAUUGGUCAAGCUCUUAUUGCAGAGGCAGUUGGAAGUUAUGACACCAUGGAUCUCUUCAGACACACCACAGAACUCAGUAUGCAUACUGAAGGAGCAAUAGGUUAUGCAUAUUGGGUCUGUACCACCUUACAAGACAAAAGCAACAGAGAAACAGAGCUCUACCAGUACAAUAUCCUCCAGAUGAAUGCUAUUCCAGCAGCACAAGUUGUUUUGUGCAAAUAUGUAGAAAGAAUUCAAAAUUAUGCCCCGGCUUUCACAAUGUUGGGUUACUUAAAUGAACAUCUACAAUUGAAAAGGGAAGCAGCAGAUGCAUACCAAAGGGCAGUUGUAUUGUUACAGACUGCAGAAGACCGAGAUUCUUACAAUGUUACAGUAAGAAAUUAUGGCAGAUUGUUAUGUUCCAUUGGUGAAUAUGACAAAGCUGUCCAGGCCUUUAAGUCAACACCCCUUGAGGAGCUAGAGGACAUUGUAGGUUUUGCACUGGCUCUGUUUAUGAAGGGGUUGUAUAAAGAGAGCAACAAAGCUUAUGAGAGAGCCUUGACUGUUGUUGAAUCAGAGCAAGACAAAGCCCAUAUCUUGACGGCUCUGGCAAUAACAGAAUACAAACAAGGGAAAAUGGAUGUAGCCAAGUCACUGCUUUUCAAAUGCUCUAUCUUAAAGGAACCAACCAUUGAAAGCCUUCAAACCCUGUGCGCUCUAGGGUUGGCCAUGCAGGAUGCUACACUGUCACAAGCAGCACUUAAUGAGUUGCUGAAGCACAUUAAACACAGAAAUGAUUAUCAGAGAUACCUUCUUACUUCAGCCAUUUAUGCACUCCAAGGCCGCAGUGUGGCAGUGCAAAGACAGGCAUCUAAAGCUGUCCACAGUAACCCGGCUGACCCUGCCCUUUGGUCUUUGUUGUCUCGGGUUGUUGCUCAGCAUACUCAGCGGAAUGCAAAGGGAGGUGCUACAGCUGGCUAUGUGGCUGAUAUUCUGGAUUCAAAUCAUGGAAAGAAGGCGCUUUUGUACACUGCAGUAAACCAGCUGGCAGUGGGAGGCAGUGCUGCAGAAGACGGAAAAAAUCCUGCACUAAAGACCAUUCAGAAGGCCGCUUUCCUUUCUCCAGGUGACCCUGCUGUCUGGGCUGGGCUGAUGGCAGCCUGCUAUGCUGAUGAUAAACUGGCUUUGGUCAGCAACGCUCAGCCAAAGCGGGUGGAUUUAUUCUUGGCACUGCUAUCUGCUGUUUCUGCCUCAAUUAAGGGCAAAGAAUCUUUUGAAAGUUAUAACCAAUCUCUUGAAAAGUGGUCUCUCUCACAAGCUGUCACUGGCCUACUAGACACAGGAAGACUAUCUGAUGCAGAGUCUCUGUGCACAAAGAAUUUAAAAAGUAAUCCUGAUCAGCCAGCUGUUAUUUUACUUUUGAGACAAGUUCAGUGUAAAUCACUCCUGGAGUCACAAAAGCCCCUCCCAGAUGCUGUACUUGAAGAACUGCAAAAAACAGUCAUGUCCAAUUCAACCUCUGUUCCAGCUUGGCAGUGGCUGGCACAGGUGUAUCAGUCCCAAGGAAUGAUGGGUGCUGCAGAGAUGUGUUACAGAAAGAGUCUACAAGUGGCAUCCCAACAGAGCAGCUGGAGUGGGAAGCUUUCAAGUCUGUUGAAACUAGCACUGCUGGCCUUAGAAGUAUGCAUGGCUAAUAUUUCAGGUGAUCACUGGUCGUCCUUGGUUCAAGAAGCUACAACGGAGGCUUUGAAACUGUGCUUUUGUCCACUGGCCAUCUUUUUACAAGCUUUAUUACAAUUCAACCGCAAAAUGGGGGCAAGGGAGACACGGCGACUUUUGGAGAGAGUAGUGUAUCAGCCUGGAUAUCCCAAUUCUAUUGUAUCCACUGCACGUUGGUACCUGUUGAGACACCUGCAUGCCAAAAAUGACUAUGAGCUUAUUGAUGUGUUGGUGAAGAACGCUGAAACUCACAGUGAUAAAAGAGCACUGGAACUGAAUCAGAAGCUGUCUUCACAGUAGCAGUGGAUUUUUAGACUUACAGUAAGGAAUCAAAGAAAAAGCUUAAGGAUGAAACAGCAAAUCAAGCAUUCUCACCAGAACAAAAUAUUUCAAAACUAUCAUCUGUUUAUUUUUAUCAUCCAUUCUUUUUCACUUUUUUUAAUACAAAGAAAUUGAAGAUAUGAAGUUAAAGAUGUAAUUUUCCAGUAGCUUGAUGUGAGUUUAACCAGAAAACAUCUCUGAUUUGGUCUACAAGGAAAGGAAAACCCAGAUUCCCUUAGUUAUUCAACAAAUACUUGUAAACCAUUAUUUUUUGCACAUUGCGUGGUGCAUAAUUGGGUAUCUUUUUGGGUUAUCCCUUAUAAUAAAGGCUUUGUAGCCAUUUUAUAAGUAUGUAAAAGCAGAAUUUUCAUUUGUUAAAAUAUAUCCAGCGAUUUUAUUUCUCCUUUAAAUUCUAGGAUUCUGUAGGAAAGUCCUCAGUGAAAUCCCUGUGAUCUUGUAGUCUGUUCUGUUUUGCUAGUUUCAUCUCAGACCCUAUUGAAGAAGCAUAAUGUGAUGCUGUAAGUCUUUGAUUGCUUGUAGAUGUCUGUAAAAUUCAAAAUGCCCGGGUAUAUGGCUGCAUUUAAAAACAGUAAUGGAAAAACUUGGAAAAUAAUGUUGAUAAUAUUUAAUUGAUCAUGCAAUUCCUUCAAUCAUGAUAAAAGACAUGAACUUUCUGAAAUAAAAAAAGUCAGUGACUUAUUUUCUUUAUAAUAUCAA